UAUGUGUCAGCUGAUUUACCUUGAGAAAAAUAAUGAUGUUUGCAUAGAAUAAUAAUUAACAAUUUAAAACAAUAGUCUAGUAAUAGUUGUCAAGAAGUGAUAUUCUUCAACAUAAUAUAAUUUAGAAUGAUGAUUCGGGAAGACGAUCCGCAAUUCCGAAUUACUCCUGUUCAACAAAUGGCAUCGGCAUGUUCCGGCGCUCUUAUAACCUCGCUUUUCAUGACUCCGUUAGAUGUUGUUAAAAUAAGACUCCAAGCACAACAAAAGGCAUUGCUAUCCAAUAAAUGUUAUUUAUAUUGCAAUGGGUUAAUGGAACAUUUGUGCCCAUGUGGCGAAACAGCAUGGAUACCCAGAAGAGUUCAUUUUCAUGGAACAUUUGAUGCUUUCUACAAAAUAACCAAAUUGGAAGGUGUCACUGCAUUGUGGUCAGGACUUAGCCCAACUCUGGUGUUAGCUCUACCAUGUACAGUGAUUUAUUUUGUUUCAUAUGAACAACUGAGGUACAAGAUGAAAACAACAUACAAUAAUGUAACUGGAACAACUAGUCAACCAAUGUGGAUUCCAUUAAUAGCAGGUGCAACUGCAAGAAUGACAGCUGUUACACUAGUCAGUCCUGUAGAACUGAUAAGAACUAAAAUGCAGUCUAAAAAAUUGACAUAUUCAGAAAUAAAAACAGCCUUAGCUCAAGUACUGAAAUAUGAAGGAUAUAGGGGACUUUUCAGAGGAUUGGGAUCCACUCUUUUGAGAGAUGUGCCUUUUUCAGGUAUAUAUUGGACGACAUUUGAAACUACUAAAAAGGUAUUUGACAAACCAGAUUCAGAAAAGAAUUCCUUUUUAUUUAACUUUUUCUGUGGGUCUGUUGCUGGCAGUAUUGCUGCCUUCAUAACAUUACCUUUUGAUGUUGUAAAAACUCAUCAACAAAUAGAGCUAGGAGAGAAAGAAAUAUAUACAGAUGGUAGAAUCAAACAAAGAGCCUCGAAUAUGCAAGAUAUAGCAAAAUCUAUAUACAGAAACCAUGGUAUUAAAGGUUUGUUUACUGGAUUCUUGCCUCGAAUAUUUAAAGUAGCUCCAGCCUGUGCUAUCAUGAUAGCAACUUUCGAAUAUGGAAAACAGUUCUUCCGAAAAUACAACUCCCAAAAGUAUAAGGAAAAAAUGCAAAGCGAAGGUGUAGACAUAGAAAUUAUAAAAUGCGAUUGAAGUUUGAAGAAAGAGUCUUCAGUCGCUUUUUCUUAUUAUUUUAGAUACCACCAAGAUAUUAUUAUAGUUGGAUCAGCGUCAAGUGGUAAAGGUUAUUCUUAGGUAAUAGAAAUGAAUAGCUCAAGUUGAAAUUAAAAAGUGAACACCAACUGUUGUAUUCACCCAUUAUGGAUAAUACCUAAUUUAACAAAAAUCUAGCAUGAAAUUAUUAAUUUUAAACCAAAAUGUUUUUUUAGAAAAAGUGACAAAAUGAGCCAUGAUGACUUGAUUCACCUGAUGCUAAGUACACCCUUCCCAUUACAAUGAUGCAGAUCAGGAUUCUUGAUUGAACCCAAAGUUUGGAUCAGCAUCAUAAUUGUGGUCAUCACUUUAGCCCAGAAUUUUCCUUAGUAAUGCUUGCUCAUUGCUGCUUCAUAGCAGAAAAGGUGUCAAUGGUGUUCUUUUAUCUUGCCUUAAUAUGCUACUAUAAAUCACCUGUGUGGUGACAACAGAUAUUUAAAGUUAUAUACAUGUAUAUAUACAAUAUAAUAUAUGGUGGGCUUAGCAUACAGAUACCCUUUUUAUCUUUUGCAAUGUAUGCCCAUCUGUGCUAUGAAUGACACCUUUCAUGAAGUUGAUAAAGUCAUCUUGUAAAGGAAGCAGUUGGAAUGCAUAUCUUCCCUGGGGUUUCUAGACACAUGUGUUUGCAUGUGCAUGUGGGUAAAUGCAUUAACAAAAUUAGUUAAAUUAAUUCUUUCUAUAUUCUUCUCAAUUUCUGAUGACAUACUUCUGUGUGUUAUUUUUCACUAGUUAUAAUGUAGGUGGCAGGAUAAAACUUUAUUACAAAGAAACUUUCCAAUGUUAGAACAAUAAAACACAAUGAAAUUGUUUUAAUAUAUAAGUAUUAUUCAAGUAUAAAAAAGAUAUUGUCUUACAUGUGUAUUGAAGUUCAUAAUAUAGUUUUAUUCCAUUAUUAUAUGAAGGUUUGACAUAAAACUUGUUUUAUUUGAACAAUGAAGUCUUAUAACAUAUUAUUCUUCACUCUUACUUUAGUUAGACAUACAAUAAUAUGUUCUAAAUUGUGAUUUUUCUAGCUUUAGUAGUUAUGUAAAUAUUAUAAUUGUAAAUAAAAUGCAUUAAAUGUGUUAAUUUCAGUUCA